CUAUAAGGCAUGGGAAAGUUUCCUUUCCCUCACUUGUUUCAUUUUUUUCUGUUAAAGCGGCUGUGUUUCGACCACAAGUGCUUGUAAAACUCUCAGCGACAGAAGCUCCUCACACGGAUAAUAAAAGAAGAUAAACAUAAAACAGGGUUGACAGAGGAUGUCCAGAGCUGACUGGGGGUUUCUGGAGCACCUGCUAGAGGAAGGCCAGGAGUACUCGACGGGUGUAGGACGCGUGUGGCUGACUGUACUCUUCCUCUUCCGCAUGCUUGUGCUUGGCACGGCUGUGGAAUCUGCAUGGGACGACGAGCAGUCUGACUUCGUCUGCAACACCAAACAGCCCGGCUGUGAGUCCGUCUGCUAUGACAAGGCCUUCCCCAUAUCCCACUUCCGUUACUUUGUCCUUCAGGUCAUCUUCGUCUCAACUCCGACCAUUUUCUACUUCGGCUACGUGGCCUUGAGGGCUAGAAAUGAGAAGCGGCCAGAGGAAAAGCUGGAGGAAGAUGGCAGAAGGCAUAGACAUCGAAAAACCAACACCUGUAUAUUAGAAGUAAUAAAAGAGGAAGAUGAAGAUGGGAGUGAAACUGUGAAGAACCGCAAAGCGGCAGAACCUCCAAAGCUCAAAGGGAAACUGUUGUGCGCUUACGCGGCAAGCAUAAUCGUGAAAGUUCUCAUCGAAGUUGGUUUCAUCCUGGGUCUAUGGAUACUUUAUGGGUUUGUAAUCGAGGCAAAGUACGAGUGUGAGAGGGUUCCCUGUCCUCACACGGUUGAUUGUUUCAUCUCACGGCCCACAGAAAAAACCAUCUUCACCAUAUACACACAAGUCAUCGCCGUAGUGUCGAUUCUCCUCAACGUUGUGGAGCUUUUCCAUCUGCUUCAAUUGGCGAUAACACGUCGGCUUGAAAAGAGAUAUCAGGCAGAGGUGGAGAUUCAUAAUAGUGUUAGAACAACACCAUCUAAAGCUCAACAACCUUCAUUCGAGGAAAGGAACCAACUCUUUCUUCCUGUAGCACAUGGUGGAUACCCUACAGAAGGGUUGGAUUGGGACAAAAAAGAUCCUUCCUUGGCAGAAGACAUGCUUCCAAGCUACUCAAACUGCAUUAGCAAUAUGAAGCCUGCAACAAACGAAAACAAUCUUCCUAAAAAACACCUCAAGGCUGAUGACAAACCGAGACAUUAUGUUUGAGAAGCAGAGCACCAAUGUGUAAAUGACCUUUAGUGGUUUACUGUGCAUUCGAGAGCCAUUUCCUUUGUUUAGAUAGGCAGGGAAAUGGGAUGAACUGUCUUUUGCGAUCUGUUGCCAGAUUUGGGAGCCUCUCGAGUAGUGAUUAGUUCAGAGAGGCUCAGGGUCAGGAAAUACUCAAAGCACUGAGCCUAACAAGCUCUGUGUCUACAAACAAGCACAAUGUCUAAAAAUGGCAAAGGCGAAGGGUGGGUUCAAGUCAACUGAAUGACUGAUAUGGUACAGAUAAGGUAGAACGUAAUGUACUGUAUUUGAAACCAAAACCUAACUAUACUAACUGUAUGUACAGUAUUUAAAAUGUAUUUAAGAAUUAUUUUUAUAUUAUAUUUCAUUUAAUAUUUAUUUUCAGUGCUUUUAUUAAAAUAUUUUAUCUAA